CCGCACCCCCAGCCCAACCCCCUGUCGGUCUUAGACGAGCAACAUAAAACAGCUAUGACAGAAUAAUCAGCCCACAAUCAUGGCGUCGAUUGUAGAUCAUCCUCAGUGCGCCUCGAAUUCAAUUUCUCGCAUAUCCUAACAUGGGCAAUUGUGAUAUCUGGACUGCCUGUUUCCUUCGCGCUGCUCUGUCGCCGUCGCGAUUCUGUCGUGAUUGUUGAAUUAUUAUCGCCUUGCUGGCCCAACCAUCUACUCUCAGCAACCCUCUGAUAUUCCUGCAUAAGCUCAACCGACAGCCGUCAAGGGUCUCGUACGAUAGCCCGAGGCUCUUGUGGCCCCGAUCUGAUAGAAACACGUCCGAGGUAAGUACCUAGGUUGGUCCGAGGCGCUUGGCGAGGCGGCCCUAAUGGAUAUCAGCUCUCUCGUCCCAUCGCAUUAUCCAACCUGCCAUGUCACCACGAUACCAACCACCGACCGUCGAGACCGUCCCAGAACUGAUGGACGAAGUGCUUGAGCCGAAGCCAGCCGAAGUGCUGCCAGUGAGCGCUCCGGAAGAAGGACUCGGCAUACCUGCCGCCCAAGGGCUGCCCUGUCAAGACACACCGGGUCGCGAUUUCAAGCAUCAUCGCCUGCCUGUCGCAUUUACAAGGCGGCCUGAACGGCGGGUUGCUGCGUCUCGGAUAUCUCGCCCCAGAUCCGAACGGUCCUCACGGCGGCCAACGAAACCUGCCAAACGACCUGGCGAGCCGCGGGAUCCUUCAAACUCGGAACCGCUCUUCUCGGAGCGUGACGACGAGCACCGCCCCGACGGCGAAAGCGGGGAAGAAUCAGCGGAAUCCUCACGGCCGAGACAUGCCGCCUCACCGACCAUGUUCAACCCGGCCGCUUUGAGUUUACUGGGUCCCACGGAUACCAGAUCUGGUAGCUCAAGCGGAAGCGGGUCAACCGUCACACCCGCAUCGUACAUGCAUAGUGGGGAGGAGGAACCCCCUCGAGGAGACAAGCCAGACGCUCUCAGCUUCUUGGACCCGGACUCGCCCGCAGUGACUGACGAGAGCAUCCAACGCACAGUCGCAGAAGCGGCAACCCACUGGCAUGAAUCGGACAUGCCCACAUCCCCACAGAGUGCCUCGUCAUCGUCAUCUGCCUCUAGCACGAACCUGGACAGCCUCAGGAGCGAUGGUGGCUCCGAACAAGACACCGAGCCCAGCACCAGCCCGGAACAGAGCGUGAACGGCGACAUUGUCUCGACGACGUUCACCCAGGUGGCGUCGUCGCCCCAAGACUGCGCCAGUCCGCUGGACAGGGCACAGUUGGUUGCCAACAUGAGGGGUGUACGAAGGCGACAGCAGCGCGGCUUUUCCCAAGUACAGGCAGAGGCAAAGGCGCAUCGUUAUGGAACGCCCGAGAUGCCGCGGGGAAACGCCAAUCUUCCACACCUGCCACCCAACGCCCUAACACCGCGAGUCGGUCAUGGCCAUGUCAAACACCUGCCGCGGGCCGAGAAGCUGCCGCUCACAGGUUACGAACUCUUGGCAGAGCGGCUCUCAUCGCAUGCGAAUACCCGGCAGUCACGUAAUCGUCGACGUGGAGCGCGUCAUGCAAACCAGGAGAAUCUUGAAGAAUCCCGAUCGCCAUCCUCCAAGCUGAGCGGAGACGAGGAGACGAGUACUCCACCUGCCCUCCCGCCCAUCUAUCGUCGAUUCGAGGCCCUUAACCACCGACUAUUGUUGCACCUCCAAGAUGAGCUGAGCGAGCUGGAGGAGCAGCUUCACCGCCUAGACACGGCCGAUACCCAGACCAGGCGGCUCCAGAACUGCAUCCUGCCUGCCUCGAGGAGGGCCGAGUAUAUGGCUGGAGGGGAGUUGCAAUGGCACAAGACGGAUAUUUUGGGGAAGAUCGGAUUCAAGCUGGGCCAGUACAACCACGUCCUCUCCUCCUUCACAUCAACGCAGAACCUCCCGACCCCAUCCAUGCCCGACGUGCAAUCCUACCGCACCUACCUCGCGACGCACAACCCCAUCGCCGAGAUCGAGACUCGCUUCCUCGACCCCGUCGAGGACCUCGUCUCGCUAGCUCCCCGCCGGAGCAAUCACCAGCCGACCUCAUUCUCCGACACAGACAGCAGCAGCGCGGACUACUCCCCGUUCUCGGACGGCGCCGUCACCCCCAUCCCCAGCAAGACGACCCCGCAUUUCGGCAACCCCAACAGCGCCGACCCCGCGGACCCGCCCUCCUCCGCAUGGACGUCACGAUCCCCGUACCAGCGACCAGACACGCGCGGCGGCGGCGAACGGACGACCACGACGACGACCACCACCACCACCACCAACAAGGACGGCACCGCCCCAACAGCAGCAGCAGCACCACCCCGACCACGACAGGGCAGCAGCGCCCGGGAAGAACCACCACCGCCGCCGCCGUCGUCUUCACACACGUUGCAGAUGGCCAUGGUCGCCGGCGGCGGCGGCGGGGGUGCUGGGGAUUUCUUUGGGGGGGGCUGUUCGGGUGUAGGGGGGUUGGGGUUGGGAUAUGAUUCGGAUGUGGUUGUUUUGCUGUGUUUUUUUUGGCGUCUUAUGCGAUGGCGUUCAAGUUUCAUCGUCUGGAGGGAUGUUUAUUUGUUUUUGCGUCGUGUCUAUAAUAGUUGGGACUUGGGGGAGGCGAGUGUUGGAUCACUUCGAUGUUGAUACCCUGAUUUGUGGUGUUGGUAGAGUCUGGCUGAUUUAAUCUACGGAAUCUUUCAGAGGUCAUCAUUAUUUUCGAUGCAGU